UGGUAUCGUCUGCUACCGAGACCUUAGGCGGGCACUCAUCAUGGCUGUUAGAAGACUGGGAAAGAUGACUGUGGAAAAUUCAUGUCUUUUUUUGUGUGAUAUGCAAGAAAAAUUUCGUCCAGCUAUAAAAUAUUUUCCGCAGAUUGUCAACGUUGCCGGACGCAUGUUACAGGUGGCACGACUCUUGGAAAUGCCUGUAGUGGUAACUGAACAGUAUCCGAAAGGGCUUGGUCACACUGUGCCAGAGCUUGGAGUCAAGGAUGAAAAGGUGUUCAGCAAGACUCGGUUCUCAAUGCUGAUCCCUGAUGUGGAGAAGUAUCUAAAGCAGUGUGGUGAUAUAAAAUCAGUGAUCCUGUGUGGAAUAGAGACCCAAGCUUGUGUUCUGCAGACAACACUGGAUCUUUUGGAACGUAACUAUGAUGUUCAUGUCAUUGCUGAUGCAUGUUCUUCACGCAGCAUGGUGGACAGGAUAUAUGCGCUGCAGAGAAUGAAGGAAGCUGGGGCAUAUUUAACAACAAGUGAAAGUGUAAUGUUACUGCUGUGCAAAGAUGCAGCUCAUCCAAAGUUCAGAGAAGUCCAGAAAGUCAUCUGGGAAACUGCGCCAGACUCUGGUCUUUUGAGUGGACUAUCACCAGAAGGCACACCCGUGUAGGAUUAAAGAAUGAAAGAAAAUGAUACACAUGAGAGUUGAAAUCAGAGUAGUGCAUCUGGCAACUUCCAAAGCAAGGCUUUAUAAAAAUCUCAUUAUAUUUGUUUAUAUAUAUAGGUGAUACUGAAAAUGUUGCAUGGGAACAUGCUUGAAUAUAUUGCCAUGGGCUGCAAGAAAUAAAUAUCAGCUGGAACAUUAUGUGGGCUAGGAGUUAUUAAUAAUAGUACUUGACAAGGUCACUUGUAAAGGACAGUAUAAGCAAAGUCAAUGAUGUAAAAGAAUAUCGCAAAGACGUGCUGCAAACUGUUAAUAAAUGGUGAUCACUAAAGAAUUAAGCUGGAAACGUUGACUGGUCACAUUAUUGUCUACAGCAGGUGAAUUCAACGAGACCACUAAAACAUAAAGUAAAAGAAGUCAGUGAGAGUGAAAAUAAAUCCUUUUAUCUAAGAUUUUUAGAGAUUAAAUAAUUUUGAAUUGUUUAUCUGAUGCCUUGAUUUUACAUGUCUUCCAAUAUCCCUGAAUGCCACUAACAGAAAGAUUUAACCGUUUUCUUCAACUGAUCACAAAUAUAUAAUUCAUUUACUCGGAGACAUUUUACAAAGAAUUUUGUUCACAAAGUAAAAAUUCUGCUGAUUUACUCUACACACUAACUCUUACAAUAUGGUUUUUACAAUAAACUAAACAAAGA